CCAGACACGAAGCUCCAGAGAGCUGGAGAUCAUCCUCAACUACCGAGAUGACAACAGUCUCAUCGAAGAACAGAGUGGGAACGAUCUGGCCAGACUGAAGUUGGCCAUUAAGUACCGUCAGAAAGAGGUUUUAUAUGGGGAGAAAUUAAACAAAUGUGGGAUGGUGGACUUCAAGAUUACAUCCAUGAUUGGUGGAAUCUAAUGGAUUUUGUGAUGAACUCCUUAUAUUUAGCAACAAUCUCCUUGAAAAUCGUUGCAUUUGUAAAGUACAGUGCUCUUAAUCCACGAGAAUCUUGGGACAUGUGGCACCCCACUCUGGUGGCUGAAGCUUUAUUUGCUAUUGCAAACAUCUUCAGUUCCUUGCGUCUGAUUUCCCUGUUUACCGCAAAUUCUCACCUGGGGCCUCUGCAGAUAUCUCUGGGAAGAAUGCUGCUGGACAUUUUGAAGUUUCUGUUCAUAUACUGCCUUGUGUUGCUAGCAUUUGCAAAUGGCCUCAAUCAGUUGUACUUCUAUUAUGAAGAAACAAAAGGGUUAAGCUGCAAAGGCAUACGAUGUGAAAAGCAGAAUAAUGCAUUUUCAACGUUAUUUGAGACACUCCAGUCCCUGUUCUGGUCCAUAUUCGGGCUCAUCAAUCUGUACGUGACCAACGUUAAGGCUCAGCAUGAGUUCACGGAGUUCGUCGGCGCCACCAUGUUCGGGACGUACAACGUCAUCUCUCUGGUUGUUCUCCUCAACAUGCUAAUAGCUAUGAUGAAUAAUUCUUACCAACUUAUUGCUGACCAUGCAGAUAUAGAAUGGAAGUUUGCACGAACCAAGCUGUGGAUGAGUUACUUUGAAGAAGGAGGUACUCUGCCUACACCCUUCAAUGUCAUCCCGAGCCCCAAGUCCCUCUGGUACCUGAUCAAAUGGAUGUGGACACACCUAUGCAAGAAAAAGAUGAGAAGAAAGCCAGAAAGUUUUGGAACAAUCGGGAGGCGAGCUGCUGAUAAUUUGAGAAGACAUCACCAAUAUCAAGAAGUUAUGAGGAACCUGGUGAAGCGAUACGUCGCCGCGAUGAUCAGAGAUGCCAAAACCGAGGAAGGCCUGACCGAAGAGAACUUUAAGGAACUGAAGCAAGACAUCUCUAGCUUCCGCUUUGAGGUCCUGGGGUUACUUCGGGGAAGCAGCCUGCCCGCCGUGCAGGCGGGGCAGGAGGCCUCCCACCCGGCCGACCCGGGCGAGAGGAGCGACGGCGAAGGGGGCACCAGGGACAAGCGGCGGAACCUGAGCCUCUUCGACCUGACCACGCUGAUCCACCCGCGGUCGGCAGCCCUCGCGUCCGAGAGGCACACGGUCAGCAACGGCGCGGCCCUGGUGGUGCAGGAGCCCCCCAGGGAGAAGCACCGGAGGCUGAACUUCGUGGCGGACAUCAGGAACUUCGGGUUGUUUCACAGACGAUCCAAACAGCACGCGGCCGAGCGGAGCGCACACCCAGUGUUCUCCGUCUCCGGAGAGGUGGCCCGGCGACAGGCGGACAGGCGGCCCGAGAGGGGCAGCCAGCUGGACUCUGCAGGGUUCGCCCCCCGGGGGGACCUGAGCAUCCCCGGCCUGGGGGAGCAGUGCAUCCUUGUCGACCACCGGGAACGCAGCGCGGACACUCUGGGUCUGCAGGUAAGCAAGAGGGUGUGUGCGUUCAAGUCGGACAAGGAGGACACGGUCCCCAUCAUACCCAAGGAGAAGCGUGCGAAGGAAGGGGACUCCAGCCUGGACUAUCACGUGGCGGACACGGUCACCCACGGAGAGUACGUGACCACAAGACUAUGACACUUGAAGGAGGAAGCGUUCAUCAUCCUAUACAUAUUUUCCAUAGUGGUCUGGGUGGGGGGUGGGGGGAUGUUUAAGAAGUAAAUUUGCAAAUGCUGACUUACACUUUAUAGCGUUCAUCCACAGCGUUAUAUUAACAUGUAACAUGUUUGGAUAAGGCAAAGGCUAUCAAAAACUCUCGUGGCCUGCUUUGGCUUCCACAGAUUGUUUCACAGUUUUUUUUUGGUUGAUAAACAAACGCACCUCGUAUUCUUGUAUGGUUGCGAUGACCCACAGGAAAUUUUUAGCUAUCUUUUUCAUAACGAAUGCAACUGGUUCCAUGUGGUAGGUGACUCCUAUUAUAGAUAUUUUUAUAUGUAAAACAAUGUAGCUGAUUAGAGCUUUUCAUAAUUUUUUAGGGUCUUGAAAGAUGGUUACUUAUCAAGGACUUUCACUCGAUCCUACAGUUUAGCUUUAAAACACAAAUAAUACCAAAUUCUUUCUUAAGUAUGUGUACAGACAGUACACUGUUAGAACAAACACGGAAACAUGAACAAAUCCUCUUAAAAUGGAAGAAAGGUAUACUUUAUAGAGUUCUAGGAUGCCCAGGUUUUCCUCUCAGUAAGUAAAAGAAAUGUCUGACUUAAUAUAUUUUGAUGAUUGAUAAUUUUUAAUAACAUUUUGUCAGAAAAAAGUUUAAGUUUUUUUUUUUUAAUGAACUUUUCAGGUUCAACCGCUCAUCAGUGUAAAUGUGAGGCUUUAUGAAACAUGGAAGUUCAAGAAUAUGGCAAAAGUUGUCAAUGCUAAAACAGAAUAACAAUAAAUUAGAAUAAUUUAAGUACCUUACAAAGCGAAAUGAUUGCAUGCUCAUAACAUCCAGAUGAAAAUGAAUUCAUUCAGACAGUCUAAAUCCAAAGUUAAAUUCUAUUUUUAAGCAGGGCAAUACUGUUGCCAGUUCAAAAGAGGUCCAAAAACCUAGUAGUUUCCUCUUCUUUCUCUACUGACUGAUUUCUUUAAAAAUAAAAUCUACCAAAAAAUCAUUAUUAAUUUUAUUAGUAGAUAUGGAUAUGUAGUUUUCCCCACAGGGACAACAUUCUCAAUUUCUUGUUUCCUCCGUUGUUUUCAAUAUAAUUAACUUUAUUAUACUCAUCUGCUGAGCUACUAGAAGGAAACUGUUUUCACCUGAUAUAAAAAAGGCACUGGCAACUUUUUCAAGCUGAAAUUAUAUGACCUGUAUCUAUUUAAGCCACCAUGGAAACAGAACUCGCCUCACACGUGCCAUUAGUAUUUAUUUCAAAUCAAUAGAAAUAUGCUGAGUUCAUUUUGCUGCAAAAAUUACCUCCAUGGACUAGACAGAUUGGACAAGAUUUAGCAUAUUGACUAUAAAGUGCAUCGUGUCACAAAACCUAGUUUCUCACUGCCAAACACCAAAAGGAGGGAACAGCAACGACAGUGCCCAGCCUCUGUUCUCUGUGUUCAGCAUGUGUUCACACAAGUGAACCGCUCGGAACAACCACCUGAAGUAGUGACUGUUCUUCUCCCCACUUUAUAGGUGAAGAAACAGGUGAACCCUAACUAGGCUGAGGUUCACAGCUAGCGAUGGAGCUGUAAUGUGUCCAGAGCCACGGCUUUAGCCCCAGUACUGAAGAGCCUCUCAGAACAGAACCAGACCAAGCAAAAAACAUGUGCACAUGUAGGCGUUACUCUUGCCACUCCCGAAAUGCUGUAUUUUGAGUGAGAAUGAGUUUGGUAAACUCCCUAAGGUUUUGUUCCUUCUUGUGAAGCAAGAAGAAUGUGCAGAAUUCAAGGCGUGAUGCAUUUGAUUCUUUAGAUUCAAUUACAUUAUAGAAGUUAGUAGAUUUUAAAAAACAUAUUUGAUAUGAGAUAUCACAGUUCAGCUUGACAUGCUGGGUUUUAGUGUUCAGAAAAGCCAGAGGCUCUGAGAUGUGGCUCAUUUCUCACUGUGGUUUGUCUUGGGGAUUUAGAAAUGGGCUGGGUAGGUUUGAAGAACUACAACAGCUCAGUAAAUGUCCUUUAUGCUUUAAGCACACCUUUAUCUCAAGUAUGUCGGGACUCAGAAUUAGUCCCGGGGAUAGUGAAAUUCCCAAAUUAUUCUAAAUUAGACAUACGGUAGUGGGGGAAUUGUAUGUCUCAUCUCAGUACUUGGGAUGUUUUAGAUGAUUCCUUUUUUUCUGCCUCUGGGUAUUUUUUGCUGUUAUUUUUUGUUUGUGUUUUUUCAAAGUUAAGAUCAUAUACAUCAGCAUUAUAUAUACUUAACUAGAAUUUAAUCUCAAAUUUUCUCUGUUUCUACAAAUACCACCACCAAUAAAAGCGACAACGGUUUUUUGCCCCGGGAGCUUAUUUAUAUCAGGAGUUUGGGCGCUGACACUUGACAGGUGAACACGGCGGUUAACGGGGCUUUGAAGCCAGGAACACCCUGCUUUUCAGUGUUCGGAAAAGGAUGCUUUUUAACAAUCCUCGAUGACACUGACAGAUGCAUUUAUGAGUUUAAAGAAAGUACUGGAUACUGUUAGAACCAGAUAUCCUAGAAUCGAAUAUUAUUCUAAAUAUGUAGUGAUACUAGGUGGCAUUAAUGAAGAGAAGCAGUAGGGAAAGGAUAAUAAAACAGAACAACAGCAUGAUUGCAAGUGAAGGAAUGAUGUUUGCUGAGAUCCUUAAGUGAGUAAUUGGGGUCUCUUUCCAUUUCUAUCUACGUUUCUAUCAACAGAAAUUCCUAAACACCAAAGAGAGACCUGGCAUCAUACCUUCUUGUGACCCUUGCCCUACUGAUACUGCCGAUGCUCACCUUCAUUUAUUUACUUUUUCUUUUUUUGCCAGGGUUGGGUGGAAGACUGUCUAGAAAAUUCAGUUUAACUUGAAAAGAAUUAGGUUACAUUCACAGCACUUCAUUUAUCAUAGAUAUAUUUUGGAAAACCCAUUUACAAGAAAGAAAUGCCAUAAAGAUGUACCUCACUGUCUGUGGUAGAUGUAUUCCUAAAAAUAUGUGUACCAAUAAGUUCUACAUUAACCUCAGUUAGGAAAACUGGCUUAUGUAAAAUGAUGUUUUUUUUGUAAAACGAUGAAUUAUUUUUCAAAGUGAUAGAAUCAUCCUCAAAAUGUAACUGUUUCGUAAGUUGGAUAUUUGUAUAUCAAAUUUUCUUAAAUUAGAUAUUUUAUUUACUGGCUGGCAAUUAAAUUCUGCAAAAGCA